AUGAUGGAAAUCCUAUCUGAUUUGUUAGUUAUUGCAAUCAAAAACGAAAUCGUCUACGCAUUUUCGAAGAGAGAACUCAAAUUGUACCGGUUGAAAAAUAGAGAAGAAUUUGAAAUAGAAAUUGGGAUGUUCAUAACCUUCAAUAAAACUGAAGGAUUUGUUAUGAACGUGACUUCGAUUAUUGAGAAACGCAUGGCUGAUGAAAAAGAUUGUGUGCAUAUUGAACAAUCAAAAAAUGGACCAUUUGUAUGUUGAAAAAAAGGGAUUUGUGAAAAAAAUUUUGUUUACAGGUUGUUUUAAAAGCAUGGAUGGUUUUCAGUCAGAACAGUUCUUUGAGAUCUCAUCAAAUGUUGACCGGGUUUUCCGAUUGGUUUGGGUAUAUUAGAAUAUCUGAUGAAAUUUUGAAGAAAUCGAGAGAUUGUGUUUAUGUUAUAAAUAUUACUGUGUAAGUUUUUAUCCGUAUUUUUUUCACUUUAUGUAUUCAUAUAAAACUCAUAUUUUUUUAAAGUAUUUUGUCGUUUGCAAUUUGCCAACUAUUGAAAUUUUAAUCAAGUCAAAAUUAUUUCCAGCAACGAUUUGAAUUAUGACCAAACUUUCGGAGCUUGUCUUUUCCGCCAACACAAUUCAAAAUAUAGAAAUCGAACUGAUGAUGACUAUAUGAAACUUUGUGAAAAUCGCGAAACCGAGAUGACAUUGAGAACUUCGAUUGAAUCUUAUCCUGAUGUCAUUCUUUUUGGAAAAGACGAGAUUCCAUUCUUUUGA